AUGCCAAACGGCAACUUAGAGAAUAGGAAUCAUGGCAACGACGGCAUAGGACAUGUCCCAAGAGAGCGGCAAGAAAAGGCUAACCAAAGAGACGCAGAACUAGGCCCGAAGAGUAUCUUCUACGAUCCUGAUUGGAAUGCUGAGGGGAAGGCACCAUCAGGGUUCAAAAACAUUCCAUAUAAUGAGCGAACGUUCACUCGAAAGAAUGAGAGCGUUGCCCAGCAAUUGGCAGGCUUGACCAAUAUAAAGCCUCCGACAUCGAGCAAGUAA